ACUUCUUUUGAUGUUCAUUUCUCAUUUGAUUCUUUCAAGAUUUCUCUUAAACUUCAAGAAUCUAAUCUUUUGUCUUUAGAUUCUUUAUUGAUUGAUUCCAACAAAUAUCACCAGCAUAAACACUGUUUUUGGAUCAAACAGCCAACCAGACGACAACUACUUCAUCUGGAAAAGACAUUUUCUCCAAUUCCUUCUAAGCAAGAGCAAAACCGACUUCGUCAACGGCACCUUCGUGAUACCAGAACCUUCCUCUCCGCUAUAAGCGAAAACUUAAAAGACUAUGUGCGUUUCACCGACACGGCACAUAAAGCUUGGGAGGAUCUACGCAUGAUGUUCGUCCCGAGCGUCGCGUUGAGGAUCCGCCAGCUUCGUCAGAGAAUUGAUUUGAUGAGGCAAGAUGGUGACUCGGUGGCGAGAUAUUUCGGGAAACUGAAGAGUGUUUGGAUGGAGCUGUCGGAGUAUGAUACUACAUUACAGUUGUCGGAACGAGACAUAGAGGUGAGAGAGAAGGAGACGCUUUACGCGUUUCUGAUGGGUAUGAACAAAGAUCUAAGCUUUGUGAGAACGCAAAUCACGGCCAUGUGUCCUCCUCCGUCUCUUGACCAAACGUAUCCAAGCAGAAUCUUUGAUGAACUCCACAAGAUGAAGAAACUAAGAAGUAGGUCGGUGAUCAUCAUCAAAUAAUCUGUAUUUUUUGUGUAUUUUCUUUAAAAUUCUGGUGUUUCUUUUGUAACCAUAGUGGUAUCUCAGAUUCGUAUUGGAAUAAUAUUCAGGAGAACCAUUAACAUGACUAUUGAGGACAUACAAGAAUCAGUCAAAGCAUAGAUGUUCAUGAAUGUAAACAGACAAAAGAGUAGAGAAAAUAAUAAAGAAAUGACAAUGUUCAUAAUAAAGAAGGACUAAUAAAAUA